UUGUCAAAAGCUGUCUACUGCGGCUGUAAUUUCUUAUAGCCGGAUAUUAUCAUUGUAAAUCGAAUAAGAAAACCUUAGAUAUCCCACAACAACAUGGGAGAUUCCCUUGAUGGGAGUGAAAAUGCCCCGGAGGCUCAAAAUAUAGUAGUAGUCGAAUUCCAAGAUUUUGCGAACUACUUGCGUCGAGCUGCAACGGUACUUUUGCCUGAGGAUGACAUCGUUCCACCGGCUCUCACCGCUGCACUUGACGACAAAGUGAAUCAAGAUUGCAUUAGAAAAUUUAUUACAGAUCCGCAAGUUUCAGCGCUGUAUGUUCAGCGAUUUUCAUUGAAAGAGGAUGACAAUGAGCAGCCUACAGAGGGGGAAGAAGAGAAAGAGGCUGUCUCAUACCAAAUUAGCAAUGAGGUGCACUUCACAUCACCCCGAGUUGCUGCAUUUGUCUGCAUCAAGCGUGGUAUUGUGAUCGAAGCUGACAAGUCAAUCCACAGCCAACUGCGCCUCAUCAACCUUUCCGAUGGAUCUCCAUACGAGACCCUUCAUGCUUUUAUCAGCAAAACCAUGGCUCCAUUCUUCAAAAGCUAUGUUAAAGAAAGCGGCAGGGCUGACAGAGAUGGUGAUAAGAUGGCGCCAUCAGUUGAAAAGAAAAUUGCGGAGUUAGAAAUGGGACUGCUACAUCUACAACAAAAUAUUGAUAUUCCUGAGAUCACUCUUCCUGUUCAUCAACUUGUUGCUGCGGUCAUUAAAAGGGCUGCCGAUGAGGGUCGUAAGCCCCGUGUGGCAGAUUUUGGUGAUAAAGUAGAAGAUUCAACAUUCCUCAACCAAUUGCAAAAUGGUGUUAACCGCUGGAUCAAAGAAAUUCAAAAGGUUACCAAACUUGACCGUGACCCAUCUAACGGCACUGCUCUGCAAGAAAUUUCUUUCUGGCUCAACCUUGAGAGGGCUCUCCAUCGCAUCCAAGAAAAACGAGAAAGCAUUGAGGUUGCCUUGACGCUGGAUAUCCUCAAAUAUGGCAAGAGAUUUCAUGCUACAGUGUCCUUUGAUACAGACACAGGCCUAAAACAAGCUCUUGCAACUGUAUCUGAUUACAACCCACUUAUGAAAGACUUUCCUAUCAAUGAUCUGCUCAGUGCCACGGAACUGGAAAGGAUCAGAUUGGCUGUGCAACAAAUUUUCUCACAUCUGCGCAAAAUUCGUUCCACUAAAUAUCCCAUACAGCGUGGUCUCAGACUCGUCGAAGCUAUAUCUCGAGACUUGGGACAGCAGCUCUUAAAGGUGCUGGGAACUCGACGCCUCAUGCAUAUACCUUUCGAGGACUUCGAACGCGUCAUGACCCAGUGCUUCGAGGUGUUCUCCUGCUGGGACGACGAGUACGAAAAGCUGCAGGGCCUCCUGAGAGACAUCGUGAAGAAGAAGCGCGACGAGCACCUGAAGAUGGUGUGGCGCGUGUCGCCCUCGCACAAGCGCCUGCAGGCGCGCAUGGAGCACAUGCGCCGCUUCCGCCGCCACCACGAGCAGCUGCGCACCGUCAUGCUGCGGGUGCUGCGUCCGCGCGCCACCGCUAAUGCAGAGGGCGGAGCGGGGAGUGAACCCACGCAGCCGCACUCGCUCACCAUGGACGCGGCUGAUGCCAACGCCAUCGCGGAGGUGAACCUGGCUUACGAGAACGUGAAGGAAGUCGACUGCCUGGACAUCUCUCGCGAGGGCUGCGACGCCUGGGAGGCCGCCGUGAGACGCUACGAGGACAGGAUCGACCGCGUGGAGACGCGCAUCACGGCGCACCUGCGCGACCAGCUGGGCACGGCCAAGAACGCCAACGAGAUGUUCCGCAUCUUCUCGCGCUUCAACGCGCUGUUCGUGCGGCCGCACAUCCGCGGCGCCAUCCGCGAGUACCAGACGCAGCUCAUCCAGCGCGUCAAGGACGACAUCGAGGCGCUGCACGAGAAGUUCAAGGUCCAGUACCCGCAGUCGAAGUGCAGCCGGCUGUCGCUGGUGCGCGACCUGCCCCCCGUGGCCGGCUCCAUCAUAUGGGCCAAGCAAAUCGACCACCAGCUCACGGCCUACCUGAAACGGGUCGAGGACGUGCUCGGAAAAGGCUGGGAAAAUCAUAUUGAGGGACAGAAGCUGAAAGCAGACGGCGACAGCUUCCGACUUAAACUGGACACUCAAGAAGUGUUCGAUGAUUGGGCUCGUAAGGUCCAGCAACGCAACUUGGGCGUAUCUGGUCGGAUCUUCGCAAUAGAAUCGGUCCGCGCUCGCUCCAGCAAGACCGGCACCGUACUCAAAUUGAAAGUCAACUUCUUGCCGGAAAUCAUUACUCUUUAUAAGGAAGUUCGGAACUUGAAGAACUUGGGAUUCAGAGUACCGCUCGCCAUAGUUAACAAGGCUCACCAAGCGAAUCAACUCUAUCCCUUCGCAAUCUCGCUCAUCGAAAGCGUGCGCACUUACGAACGUACGCUCGAAAAGAUUCGCGAUAAGGCGUCGAUCAUACCGCUGGUGGCGGGGCUUCGUCGUGAUGUUCUAUUCCAAGUUUCCGAGGGCAUGGCCCUGGUGUGGGAGUCGUACAAACUCGAUCCGUACGUGCAGAAGCUGAGCGAAGUCGUACUGCUAUUCCAAGAAAAAGUGGAGGACCUGCUGGCCGUGGAGGAGCAGAUAUCGGUGGACGCGCGGUCGCUGGAGACGUGUCCCUACUCCGCGCAGAGCCUCGCCGACAUCCUGAGCCGCCUGCAGCGAGCCAUCGACGACCUGUCCCUGCGCCAGUACAGCAACCUGCAUCUCUGGGUGCAGCGCCUCGACGAGGAGGUUGAAAAGAGUCUUGCCGCUCGCUUGCAAGCCGGUAUCGAAGCUUGGACCAUGGCUCUGUUAGGCAAGACAAAUGAGCUCGAUCUCUCCAUGGAUACUUAUUCUCCCACUGAACAGACCCACAAACCAGGCGGUGAACCUCAGAUCGGUCGCGUGGUGCACGAGGUGCGCAUCACCAACCAGCAGAUGUACCUGUUCCCGUCGCUGGAGGAGGCGCGUUUCCAACUCAUGCGCCAGAUGUUCGCCUGGCAGGCCGUGGUCACCAGCCAACACCGUCUGCAGAGCACCAGAUACCAGGUGGGCGUCGCGCGAGCGCAAACCGCCACCUACCGGAACUUGCUGACCAAGCUGCCCGGCGGGUCCUCUCCGCUCGAGAACGCAUACGACGCGAUCGAGCAGAAGAUAUCGCAAGUGCGCGAAUACGUCGACGAAUGGCUUCGCUACCAGGCGCUGUGGGACCUGCAGCCGGAGAGCCUGUACGGGCGGCUGGGGGAGGACAUCUCGCUGUGGAUCAAGUGCCUCAACGACAUCAAGAAGUCGCGCACGACGUUCGACACGUCGGACACGCGGCGCGAGUACGGGCCCGUCGUCAUCGACUUCGCGCGCGUGCAGAGCAAGGUGGCGCUCAAGUACGACGCCUGGCACAAGGACGUGCUGGGCAAGUUCGGCGCGCUGCUGGCCGGCGAGAUGGUGCAGUUCCACGCGCGUCUGGCCAAGUCGCGCGGCCAGCUCGAGCAGCAGACCAUCGAGGCCGCCUCCACGAGCGACGCCGUGUCGCUCAUCACGUACGUGCAGCAGCUGAAGCGGGAGGUGCUGGCGUGGGAGAAGCAGGUCGACGUCUACAGGGAGGCGCAGCGCAUUCUCGAGAGGCAGAGAUUCCAAUUCCCUGCGCAAUGGCUGCACGUGGACAACAUCGAGGGCGAAUGGAGCGCCUUUAACGAAAUUAUGCGCAGAAAGGACUCUUCCAUCCAGACCCAAGUGGCAUCGCUGCAACAAAAGAUCGUCGCCGAAGACAAAGCAGUGGAAGCUCGUACGCUGGAGUUCCUCGGCGAGUGGGAGCGCAGCAAGCCCACGGACGGCUCCACCAGGCCCGAGGACGCGCUGACCCGCCUGCAGGCCAUGGAGACGCGCUACACCCGCCUCAAGGACGAGAGGGACAACGUGGCCAAGGCGAAGGAGGCCUUGGAACUGCACGACACAGGUAGUUCAGUGAACAAUGAACGUAUGACGGUAGCUUUGGAGGAACUGCAAGAUUUACGUGGAGUUUGGAGUUCGCUCAGCAAGAUUUGGACUCAAAUAGACGACAUUAGGGAGAAACCGUGGCUCUCGGUACAACCCAGAAAGCUAAGACAACAACUGGAAGCGAUGCUCAACGAGCUGAAGGAGCUGCCGGCGCGCCUGCGCAUGUACGACAGCUACGAGUACGUGCGCAAGCUGCUGCAGUCGUACACCAAGGUGAACAUGCUGAUCGUGGAGCUGAAGUCGGACGCGCUGAAGGAGCGGCACUGGCGCCAGCUGUGCCGCGCGCUGCGCGUGGACUGGGCGCUGUCCGAGCUGUCGCUGGGCCAGGUGUGGGACGCCGACCUGCUGCACAACGAGCACACCGUGCGCGACGUGGUCUCCGUGGCGCAGGGCGAGAUGGCGCUCGAGGAGUUCCUCAAGCAGGUGCGCGAGUCCUGGCAGAGCUACGAGCUCGACCUCAUCCACUACCAGAGCAAGUGCAAGAUCAUCCGCGGCUGGGACGACCUGUUCAACAAGGUCAAGGAGCACAUCAACAGCGUCGCCGCCAUGAAGCUGUCGCCUUACUACAAGGUGUUCGAGGAGGAAGCUUUGACCUGGGAGGAGAAACUGAACCGUAUCAACGCUCUGUUCGACGUUUGGAUUGAUGUCCAGCGACGUUGGGUAUACCUGGAAGGAAUCUUUAGCGGUUCUGCAGAUAUUAAGACUUUAUUGCCGGUCGAAACUAGCCGCUUCCAGAGUAUAAGUUCGGAAUUCCUCGGCUUAAUGAAGAAGGUAGGUAAAUCCCCAAUGGUGAUGGAUGUCCUCAACAUCCCCGGCGUGCAACGCUCCCUGGAGCGGCUGGCGGACUUACUGGGCAAGAUACAGAAGGCGUUAGGAGAAUACCUGGAGAGGGAGAGGAGCAGUUUCCCUCGUUUCUACUUCGUCGGCGACGAGGAUCUCCUGGAAAUUAUCGGUAAUAGCAAAAACAUCGCUCGGCUCCAAAAGCAUUUCAAAAAGAUGUUCGCGGGAGUCGCGGCCAUCAUUCUCAACGAGGACAACACCGUCAUCAACGGCAUAGCCUCGCGGGAGGGCGAGGAGGUGUACUUCACGUCGCCGGUGUCGACGGUGGAGAACCCGAAGAUCAACUCGUGGCUGUCCAUGGUGGAGCGCGAGAUGCGCGUGACGCUGGCGUGCCGGCUCAAGGACGCCGUGUACGACGUGAAGCAGUUCAAGGACGGCAACGUGGACCCGCAGAAGUUCAUCGACUGGUGCGACAAGUAUCAGGCGCAGAUCGUGGUGCUGGCCGUGCAGAUCCUGUGGUCCGAGGACGUGGAGGCGGCGCUGGCGGGCGGCACGGAGCUGCAGCGCGUGCUGCAGCACGUCGAGAACAUGCUGAACAUCCUGGCCGACUCCGUGCUGCAGGAGCAGCCGCCGCUGCGCAGGAGGAAGCUCGAACAUCUCAUCAACGAGUUCGUCCACAAGCGGACGGUGACGCGCCGCCUGAUAGCGUCCGAGGUGAACAACUGUCGGUCCUUCGAGUGGCUCUGCGAGAUGCGCUUCUACUUUGAUCCCAGAAAUAACGAUGUGCUACAACAACUGACGAUCCACAUGGCGAACGCUAAGUUCCUCUACGGGUUCGAAUACUUGGGCGUGCAAGACCGCCUGGUACAGACGCCGCUGACGGACCGCUGCUACCUCACCAUGACGCAAGCCCUGGAGGCCAGGCUCGGAGGCUCCCCAUUCGGCCCCGCCGGUACGGGUAAGACGGAGUCGGUGAAGGCGCUCGGCAACCAGCUCGGCCGCUUCGUCUUGGUGUUCAACUGCGACGAAACCUUCGACUUCCAAGCCAUGGGAAGAAUCUUCGUGGGUCUUUGUCAGGUGGGUGCGUGGGGUUGUUUCGACGAGUUCAAUCGUCUUGAAGAAAGAAUGCUGUCCGCCGUAUCGCAACAAGUACAGACUAUUCAAGAAGCUCUCAAGAGUCACCAGGAAGGAGAUAAUACGGCUAAAUCUAUAACAGUGGAAUUGGUGGGUAAGCAAGUGCGCGUCAGCCAAGACAUGGCCAUAUUCAUUACCAUGAACCCUGGCUACGCGGGUCGCUCCAACCUGCCGGACAAUCUCAAGAAACUAUUCCGAAGCUUGGCCAUGACGACGCCCGACAGACAACUCAUCGCUGAAGUCAUGUUGUUCAGCCAAGGGUUCAGGACUGCAGAGAAACUCGCUUGCAAGAUCGUACCUUUCUUCAAACUUUGUGAUGAACAGCUGUCAAAUCAGUCUCACUACGACUUUGGUCUGCGUGCUCUGAAGUCGGUUCUCGUGUCCGCCGGCAACGUCAAGCGUGACCGUAUUCAAAAGAUAAAGGAGAACCUCAUCGAGCGCGGCACGGAGGCCCCCGACGAGGCUUCAAUAGCGGAGUCCCUCCCCGAACAGGACAUCCUGAUCCAGUCGGUCUGCGAGACCAUGGUGCCUAAACUUGUAGCUGAGGACAUUCCUCUGCUGUUCUCCCUGCUGAACGAUGUCUUCCCUAACGUCGGUUACACCAGAGCUGAAAUGACCGGUCUAAAGAAUGAAAUUCGGGCAGUCUGCGCCGAAGAAUUUUUGGUUUGUGGUGAAGGAGAUGAGCACGGCAACACUUGGAUGGAAAAGCGGCGCAGGGCGGGCUCGCGCGCGCAGCACAGCACGUGGAUAGAGAAGGUCCUCCAAUUGUACCAGAUUUGCAAGUUAAAUCACGGUCUGAUGAUGGUCGGACCCUCGGGAAGUGGCAAAUCUACGGCCUGGCGUGUACUGCUUAAAGCUUUGGAACGGUUCGAGGGAGUAGAGGGCGUCGCUCACGUCAUCGAUCCGAAGGCGAUGUCAAAGGAAACCCUGUAUGGUGUACUCGAUCCCAACACUCGGGAGUGGACCGACGGAUUGUUUACUCAUAUACUGAGGAAGAUAAUAGACAACGUGCGCGGCGAGAUCAACAAGCGGCAGUGGAUCAUCUUCGACGGCGACGUGGACCCCGAGUGGGUGGAGAACCUCAACUCCGUGCUGGACGACAACAAGCUGCUCACGCUGCCCAACGGGGAGCGCCUGUCGCUGCCGCACAACGUGCGCGUCAUGUUCGAGGUACAAGAUCUAAAAUACGCGACCCUCGCGACGGUGUCCCGCUGCGGCAUGGUGUGGUUCUCGCAAGACGUGCUGUCGACGGAAAUGAUCUUCGAAAAUUACUUACUCAGGUUAAGGAAUAUACCCCUGGAGGAUGGCGAAGAGGAUUCUUUCAGCAUUGUGAUGGCAGCUCCGACCGCAGGCGGAGAUCAAAAUGCCACUGAGAAUAUCUUAUCACCGGCACUUCAGACGCAGCGCGACGUGGCGGCCAUCCUGCAGCCGCUGUUCUACGGCGACGGGCUGGUGGUCAAGUGCCUGGAGCGCGCCGCCAGCCUCGACCACAUCAUGGACUUCACGCGCCACCGCGCGCUGUCCUCGCUGCACUCCAUGCUCAACCGCGGCGUCAGGAACAUCCUCGCCUACAAUCGGCAGCACCCCGACUUCCCCAUCACCAACGAGCAGCUGGAAGCUUACGUACCCAAGUGGCUCGUGUACUCGUUGCUGUGGUCGUUCGCCGGCGACGCCAAACUUAAGGACCGCAACGAAUUGGGUGACUUCAUUAGGUCGGCCAGCACGAUGCUCCUGCCCAACUGUGGGGCCAACCAACACAUCAUUGACUUUGAGGUGUCGAUCACCGGCGAGUGGGUGCCGUGGUCGGCCAAGGUGCCGCAGAUCGAGGUGGAGACGCACAAGGUGGCGGCGCCCGACGUGGUGGUGCCCACCCUGGACACCGUGCGCCACGAGGCGCUGCUCUACACCUGGCUGGCCGAGCACAAGCCACUCGUACUGUGUGGUCCACCCGGUUCCGGUAAGACCAUGACCCUCUUCUCCGCGCUACGAGCGCUGCCGGAUAUGGAGGUGGUCGGUCUCAACUUCUCGUCGGCGACCACUCCCGAGCUGCUCCUCAAGACGUUCGACCACUACUGCGAGUACCGCAAGACGCCCAACGGAGUCGUCCUCGCUCCCGUGCAGCUCGGCAAAUGGCUCGUGCUGUUCUGCGACGAGAUCAACCUGCCCGACAUGGACCAGUACGGCACGCAGCGGGUCAUCUCGUUCCUGAGACAGCUCCUCGAGCACAAGGGAUUCUACAGAUCGAGCGACCACUCGUGGGUGCACCUGGAGCGCAUCCAGUUCGUGGGCGCCUGCAACCCGCCCACGGACCCGGGCCGCAAGCCGCUGUCGCACCGCCUGCUGCGCCACGUGCCCGUCAUCUACGUGGACUACCCGGGCGAGACGUCGCUGGAGCAGAUCUACGGCACGUUCACGCGCGCCAUGCUGCGCAUGCAGCCGGCGCUGCGCGGGUACGCCGAGCCGCUCACGCAGGCCAUGGUCAAGCUGUACCUGGCCUCGCAGGAGCGCUUCACGCAGGACAUGCAGCCGCACUACGUGUACUCGCCGCGCGAGAUGACGCGCUGGGUGCGCGGCAUCUGCGAGGCCAUCCGCCCCCUCGACAGCCUCGCCGUGGAGGGGCUGGUGCGGCUCUGGGCGCACGAGGCGCUGCGCCUCUUCCAGGACCGCCUGGUCGAGGACUCCGAGCGCCAGUGGACCGAGGAGAACAUUGACAACUUCGCCAUGAGGUUCUUCCCGGGUAUCAACAGAGAGCAAGCGUUAGCUCGGCCCAUUCUAUACAGCAACUGGCUGAGCAAGGACUACGUGCCGGUCCAGAGGGAUCAGCUCCGCGAAUAUGUCAAGGCUAGACUGAAGGUGUUCUACGAAGAGGAGCUGGACGUUCCGCUGGUGCUGUUCGACGAGGUGCUGGAGCACGUGUUACGUAUUGACCGUAUCUUCCGGCAGCCGCAGGGACACUUGCUGCUCAUUGGUGUCUCUGGUGCCGGCAAAACCACGCUUAGCCGUUUCGUGGCCUGGAUGAACGGACUCAGUAUCUUCCAAAUCAAGGUUCACAACAAAUACACCGGCGCUGAUUUCGACGAAGAUCUCCGUUCGGUUUUGCGUCGUGCAGGCUGUCGCGAUGAAAAGGUCGCCUUCAUCCUAGACGAGUCCAACGUGCUCGACAGCGGCUUCCUCGAGAGGAUGAACACGCUCCUAGCCAACGGAGAGGUGCCCGGUCUGUUCGAAGGUGAUGAAUUCGCAGCUCUCAUGACACAGUGUAAAGAAGGUGCCCAGAGGGAAGGACUGAUGCUGGAUUCUAAUGAUGAAUUGUAUAAGUGGUUCACCGGGCAGGUGAUGAGGAACCUGCACGUGGUGUUCACCAUGAACCCGUCGUCCGAGGGGCUCAAGGACCGCGCCGCCACCUCGCCCGCGCUCUUCAACCGCUGCGUGCUCAACUGGUUCGGCGACUGGAGCGACGGCGCCCUGUUCCAGGUGGGCAAGGAGUUCACGUCGCGCAUGGACCUGGACUGGGCGGAGUACGCGGCGCCGGCGGAGUUCCCGCGCGCGUGCGGCGGGCUGGGCGCGCGGCCCGCGCACCGCGCCGCCGUGGUCAACGCGUGCGUGUACGUGCACCAGACGCUGCACGCCGCCAACGCGCGCCUGGCCAAGCGCGCCAACCGCACCAUGGCCAUCACGCCGCGCCACUACCUCGACUUCAUCCAGCAGAUGGUCAAGCUCUACGCCGAGAAGCGCGCCGACCUGGAGGAGCAGCAGCUGCACCUCAACGUGGGGCUCGGCAAGAUCGCCGAGACCGUCGAGCAGGUGGAGGAGAUGCAGAAGAGCCUGGCCGUCAAGUCGCAGGAGCUCCAAGCUAAGAAUGAAGCUGCCAACGCGAAACUCCGACAAAUGGUUAAAGAUCAACAGGAGGCCGAGAAGAAGAAAGUCGAAAGUCAGGAGAUCCAGGUUGCUCUCGAGAAGCAAACGAAAGAAAUCGAAGCGAAACGUAAGGACGUGAUGGCGGACUUGGCCCAAGUCGAGCCGGCGGUUAUCGAGGCGCAAAACGCGGUGAAAUCUAUAAAGAAGCAGCACCUGGUGGAGGUGCGCUCCAUGGGCAACCCGCCCGCCCUCGUCAAGGUGGCGCUGGAGUCCAUCUGCCUGCUGCUCGGGGAGAACGCCACCGACUGGAAGGCCAUCCGCGCCGUCAUCAUGCGGGAGAACUUCAUCAACAGCAUCGUCUCCAACUUCUCCACCGAGGACAUCACUGACGAUGUAAGGGAAAAAAUGAAGACUCGUUAUCUCAGUAACCCUGAUUAUAACUUCGAGAAAGUAAACCGAGCCAGUAUGGCCUGCGGUCCGAUGGUAAAGUGGGCUAUAGCUCAGAUCGAAUACGCCGAUAUGUUGAAACGUGUGGAACCGCUGCGUAGCGAACUUCAAGCUCUCGAAGACCAGGCUCAGUACAACGUGAAGGCCGGCAACGAAGUACGCGAUCUCAUCGCGCAGCUCGAGAAAUCCAUCGCCUCAUACAAGGAGGAAUACGCGCAGCUCAUCAGCCAAGCUCAGGCCAUCAAGACUGAUCUAGAAAAUGUCCAAGCCAAAGUGGAUCGAUCGAUAGCGUUAUUGAAGAGUUUGGUGAUCGAACGCGAACGAUGGGAGGCGAGCUCCGAGACGUUCCGUUCACAGAUGAGCACCAUCGUCGGAGACGUCCUACUAUCGGCCGCUUUCAUCGCCUACGGUGGUUACUUCGACCAGCACUACCGCCAGAACCUGUUCUCGACGUGGACGAGCCACCUGGCGGCGGCCAACAUCAAGUUCCGCGCCGACAUCGCGCGCACGGAGUACCUCAGCAACCCCGACGAGCGACUGCGCUGGCAGGCCAACGCGCUGCCCACCGACGAGCUCUGCGUGGAGAACGCCAUCAUGCUCAAGCGGUUCAACCGAUACCCGCUGAUCAUCGACCCGUCGGGUCAGGCGACCGAGUUUAUAAUGCGCGAGUUUAAGGAGCGCAAGAUAACGAAGACUUCCUUCCUCGACGACUCGUUCAGGAAGAACUUGGAGUCGGCUCUGCGUUUCGGUAAUCCGUUGCUCGUACAGGACGUAGAGAAUUACGACCCCAUCCUGAACCCUGUGCUGAAUCGCGAGUUGCGUCGUACCGGCGGCCGAGUGCUCAUCACACUCGGAGACCAGGACAUUGAUCUCAGUCCUUCGUUCGUCAUUUUCUUAAGUACCAGGGAUCCAACGGUAGAAUUCCCGCCCGACAUGUGUUCCCGGGUGACUUUUGUCAACUUCACGGUGACCCGCUCGUCGCUGCAGUCGCAGUGCCUGCAUCGCGUGUUGAAGGCUGAGAGACCAGACAUUGACACUAAACGUUCAGAUCUUCUCAAAUUGCAAGGUGAAUUCCAUUUACGUCUCCGGCAACUCGAGAAGUCUCUGCUGCAAGCGCUGAACGAUGCGAAGGGCAAGAUUCUCGACGAUGAUUCUGUUAUUGCAACUCUCGAAACGCUCAAGAAAGAGGCCGAUGAUAUCGGACAAAAGGUCGAAGAAACCGAUAAAGUUAUCGGUGAAAUUGAAACCGUCAGCCAACAGUAUUUGCCCUUAUCUCAAGCUUGCAGCAGCAUAUACUUCACGAUGGAGUCCCUGCACCAGGUGCACUUCCUGUACCAGUACUCGCUCAAGAUGUUCCUCGACAUAUUCAGCACCGUGCUGGUGUGUCCGCGCCUCGCCGGCGUCAGCGACUACACCGCCAGGCUCAUGAUCAUCACCGAGGAGCUGUUCACGGCGGUGUACGAGCGCGUGGCCCGAGGCAUGCUGCACACCGACCGGCUCACCUUCGCGCUGCUGCUGUGCCGCAUCCAGCUCAAGGGCACCGGCGCCGAGGACACGCUGGACCAGCAGUUCGGCGUGUUCCUGCGCGGCCGGGAGGGCUUCGUGGCCGACUCGCCGCCGCUGGAGCCGCUCACGCAGCAGCAGCACGACGCCGCCGCCCGGCUCAGCUCCCGGCUGGUGGCGUUCCGGCGGCUGCUGGACAAGGCGCGCGAGCUGCCCGAGCUGUGCGCGUGGCUGGCGCAGGCGGCGCCCGAGCAGUGCGUGCCCACGCUGUGGGACGGCGAGCCCGCGGCGCGCCCGCACACGCUGGCCAUGUACCGCCUGCUGCUCAUACAGGCGUUCCGGCCGGACCGCGUGAUCGCGGCCGCCACGCAGCUGGUCGCCUCGGUGCUGGGGCCCACGUUCAUGGCCAAGGCGGAGACCGAGCUGGAGCUCUCCAGUAUAACGGAGAACCAGCUGAACGCCACCACCCCGGCGCUGCUGUGCUCCGUGCCCGGAUACGACGCGAGCGGUCGGGUGGACGAUAUGGCCACCGAAUUGAACAAGCCGCUGUCGAGUAUCGCUAUCGGUUCGGCGGAAGGCUUCAAUCAAGCUGAGCGUGCUAUUAACACUGCUUGCAAGACUGGAAGAUGGGUGAUGCUAAAGAACGUACACCUCGCACCGGUAUGGCUGGUGCAGCUGGAGAAGAAGCUGCACUCGCUGCAGCCGCACCCAAACUUCCGGCUGUUCCUGACGACGGAGAUCAGCCCCAAGCUGCCCGUGAACCUGCUGCGAGCUGGGCGAGUGGUGGUGUUCGAGCCGCCUCCCGGCAUCCGCGCCAACCUGCUGCGCACCUUCGCCACCGUUCCGGCGUCUCGGAUGAUGAAACAACCUUCGGAGCGUGCAAGACUUUACUUCCUGCUGGCGUGGUUCCACGGCAUCGUUCAGGAGCGCUUGCGUUACGUGCCGUUAGGAUGGGCUAAGUAUUACGAGUUCAAUGAGUCUGACCUUCGUGUGGCGUGCGACACUCUCGAUACUUGGAUUGACUCCACAGCCAUGGGCCGAACCAACCUGCCACCGGAGAAGGUUCCAUGGGACGCCCUCGUGACGUUGCUGUCGCAGUGCAUAUACGGCGGUAAGAUCGACAACUUGUUCGACCAGCGCCUCCUGCACUCGUUCCUCUGCAAGCUCUUCACUCCGAGGUCAUUCGAAGCCGACUUCGCCCUCGUAGCUAAUGUCGACGGUGCUUCCGGCAACCAACGCCACAUCACCAUGCCCGAUGGAAACCGACGCGAUCACUUCCUCAAAUGGAUCGAAGAACUGUCGGACAGGCAGACGCCUUCGUGGCUCGGACUUCCCAACAAUGCUGAGAAGGUUCUCUUAACAACACAAGGCAGUGACCUCGUUUCUAAGCUUCUGAAGAUGCAGCAACUUGAAGAUGAAGAAGAGCUGGCGUAUAACGCAGCCACUCAAGAACACGACCCGCUCGCAGUAGUCGUGGAAGGCGAUGGACGUCCUGCGUGGAUGAAGGUUUUGCAUCAAACUUCUACUAGCUGGCUGAAACUUCUACCGCAAGAGUUACCAACUCUCCGUCGCACGGUUGAGAACAUAAAGGACCCGCUGUACCGCUUCUUCGAGCGCGAAGUGGCGGCCGGCGCCUCGCUGCUGCAGCAGGUGCUGCACGACCUGCGGAACGUCACCGCCAUCUGCCAGGGCGAGAUGAAGCAGACGAACGAGACGCGCGCCAUGGUGGGCUCGCUGGUGCGCGGCAUGCUGCCGGCGGGCUGGCGCCGCUACGCCGUGGCGCGCGGCUGCACGGUGCAGCAGUGGGUGGACGACUUCGCGCGCCGCGUGGCGCAGCUGGCGCACGUGUCGCGCACCGUGGCCGACCAGGGCGCCAAGCGCCUGCAGAGCAUCCCCGUGUGGCUCGGCGGCCUGCUCAACCCGGAGGCCUACAUCACGGCCACGCGCCAGUGCGUCGCGCAGGCCAACUCCUGGUCCCUCGAGGAGCUGAACCUGCAGGUGACGAUUCCGGAUCCGGGCACCCCGACGGAGAACGCUCAGACCGAGUGGUCCUUCUCGGUGACCGGGUUGAAGCUGCAGGGAGCCACCGUGAAGGGCAAUCGCCUCCUGCUCACGAACACCAUCAUGGUCGACCUCCCGCUCACCGUGCUCACCUGGAUACGCGGGCCGGAGCCGGCGGGCGCGGGGCAGGCGCUGACGCUGCCGGUGUACCUCAACAGCGCUCGGUCGGAGCUGCUGUUCACGGUGCGGCUGCCCAUCGCGGCGGGGCAGGAGCCGCACGCCUUCUACGAGCGCGGCGUGGCGCUGCUCACCUCCACCGCGCUCAACUAGUGCGCAAACAACACCAUACCCCCCGCCCCUCCCCUCCCCUCCCCUCCCCUACACCGUGACGCACACGGCGUAAUCUUGGCACUCUCGUGUAUUUAUUCACUAAAUAAAACGAUGCAUUAA